AUGGCGACUCGAAAAGUUCGGUACAAGAAACUGAGUGUUAAAACGCCCUUGGGCGUGCUCAGAGAGAAUCAGAUCGAUCGGGAAGAGUAUGAAUCACUUACAAACGAAGCCCAAAUCGCGACCGGAGUCGAACAGGCUGAGGAAAAUGAAUACCAUUUGCAGGCCGUCCUGCAAAGUGCCGGGGUUGCCGUCGAUAAGGAAAUUCCCGUGCCGCCUCCUCAGGAGAGUACCCUCAACUAUGACGAGCUUUACGCUCGUCCGUUCUCCAAAACAUCCACAUACAUUCGCUUCUCCCAGACGGUAGAAGAAUCUGUAGGGUGCAUGUAUGAUUUGACGGAGGACGAUGAGGUAUUUCUCAAGUCGUACAACCAGAAGCGGGCCGCUUCGGCCCAGCUCUCGGAGUUCGAUUUCGAGAUGAUUAUGGAGGUAUUUGAGGACACGUCUGAGUUCAAGGCCCCGUUUGCCUCGAUAGAUCAGACCAUAGUCCCGUACGAUGAUAUGCUUCGGUACCUGCAGGAUCUUGACAGGAGGACCAAGGUCAUGCCGCACGCCAAGGAAAUCUAUGAGUAUUGGAAAUCCAGGCGGCAGGCUCUGAAUAAUCAGCCCCUGCAUCCAACACUCAAGUUCGAGAAGCAUCAGGAGAGCGAUGAGGCGGAUCCCUUUGUCUGUUUCCGGCGUCGUGAAGUCCGGCAGACACGCAAGACGCGGGCGAGAGACGUCCAGAGUGCCGACAAGUUGAAGCGCUUGCGGAAGGAACUUGAGGAUGCUCGUCAGUUGGUGCUGGCUGCCCACAACCGUGAGGUUCUGAAGGCCGAGAUGUUGAAAUCAGAUCGUGCCAUCUUUGAGGUCCGGGCCCAGCUCAAGGAACAUAAGAUCCGGCUGGGUAUCAAGACAGACGAUGAAGACCUCAUCAACCAAAAGCCACAAAAGCGGAAGGCUCCCGAUGUCCCCACCGUGCAGCGGCCACCACUGCCUGCGCAACUUCGCGUAGCCGUUCGGCCAACGCACCCCGAGAACGACCUUUCCAUUUAUGCCGACCGCCAGGCUGAAAAGGAAAAUGAACUUCGUCUCGACAUUGAGAAGAAGGUCCUUAGCCAUACGGAAUGGAACCGUAACCACUUAGACCUUACUCGGGGCCCGUUAUCUCCUGCCCCUGGGCCCCGGCGUGAGCCAGGGUUCCGACCUGCCAAGACGCAGUACCUAAUGACGCCACCGACUUCUGCGGCGUCAGACUCUUUGGAGGAGCCAACGGCAAUGGACCUUGACAAGCCUGAGGAGGACGUUGAUGCAGUUUUCCACUUCCGCGGUGUGACUCAGGACCAGGAGGCGAGGAAGAACCCCCCUGCGUACCGACGUCGGAUAGGCCGCCUCGGUCGGUUGUGGAUUGACCGACGGGGGAUGGCAAGCCCACCCCAUGAUGUGGGUGCGGAGACCCGAGACCGGUGGAAGUACGAUGAGUCGUCGGAUGAGGAGGAAGAUCCGCCUAAGUAUGAGGUUGACCCCUUUGACACCAACGCCCUGAGGUUUCGUGCUUCCAUCCCGCUUCCGCCGUGGAUGACGAAUCGCGCUGCCGUCCCUACUGCCCGAGUACCACUUCCGCCUCCUCAACUGCCCCCGGCGGUGCCGCAGUUGCAACCACCGCCGCAUCCGCAACAGUCACAGCAACCCCCACCGCAGCCACCAGUACCGCCUCUGCCUCAGAACGCGACCUAA